ACUAUUAAGUUCUUUCUAAACCCACCCAAACAUAUACUUUCUCUUUAUAUUUCUCCCCAAACUUUUUUAUUCCCCCUCUCUAAUUGAAUUCUCAAAUCGUGAUUAAUGGAACAAAAAUGGCGUUUAAGAAAUACAGAUUGCCCAAUUAAAAAAACAUGACCGACAUUUAAAAAAAAACCGACCCAGGUUCUUCACUUACAGACACAGAUUAGAGAGAGAGAGAGAGAGAGAGAGAGAGAGAGAGAGAGAGAGACCAGGAGGAGGAACAAAGGAGAUACAACGAGCAGAUAGACAAGAACGAGGAACAGAGAGAGACGACAACGAUGAGAAGAGUGAUGAAGAACAGGGGAGAGAGAUAGAGACGAAUAACAGAGGAGAGAGAUAGAGACGAAAAACAGAGGAGAGAGAGAGAGGUGAAGAACAGAGGAGAAAGGGAGAGACAAAGAGAGAGACAAAGAUCAGCGUAUGUGUUUAGACAUGUAAGAUAAAGCGAUGAGCUUUAUUUAUUUUGGUAUAGUAUGUAUUUAAACUUAUGUAAGCGAUGAGCUUUAUGUAAUUGUUUGUUAAGAUGGGAAGGGUUGAAGGAGAUGGUGAAGAAAGCAGAUGCCAGGGAGGAAGGUUUGAAGUUGUCACCAUGGUUCAGAUUGGUGGUGGACAAUUUCUUGAUGAAGUGGUGGGAUCAUGAUGAGAAAGGAACUCUAGAUGAAGCUGUAGACAUGAAAACCAUCCACAAACUCUGAAACCUUCCUCUUAAUGGUUUGCUCCAUUUUGAAGCAGCCCUCUCCAUCUCUCUGUCGUCUCAGUCUCUCCAUUGCAGCUCUUCUCACCGUCUCGCCAUAGCUCUCUUUUCUCAGCCUCUCUCCAUCUCUCUCCGUCGAUCUCUCUUGUCUCAGCUUCUCCAUCGCUCUCCGUAGAUCUAUCUCGUCUCAGCCUCUCUCUCUCGACGUUCCUCUCAAGUUCAGACCCCUCAGGCUCUCACUCUCUCGACGACGCUCAGACCCUCUCAAGCUCUCGACGACCAUCUUACGCACUCUCUCAAGGUCAUCACUCUCAAGGUCAUCACCUCUCUUUGAGCUUCGACCAAACCCAUAUCGAGCUUUCUCUUCUCCUCCACAGACACGCCUCUCGAGCUCUCUCGUCUCCUCCACAGACGACGCCGUACAGUACAUUCAUGGUUUAGCUGCUAAAGGAGUACAUUAUAUUCAUCGCCCUGCUCUUACUUUCCAGGAUCUUGGCUUCUUUCUUCUUCCGGUCUGACCUUUUUUCAACUCUCUCCAAGCUCAGACCCUCUCAAGUUUACGGCUCUCUCAGGCUUCUCCAUAGCUUUCUAUGUGUGUGUCUCAAGCUCUCCUAAGCUUUGUCUGUCUUUCACUCUCUUGUAAGGUCAACAACACAGAUGCUGAUGCUCUACUGUAUGCUUGUAACCAGGACGUUGACAAAGUCUCAGGCUCUCACUCUCAGGUUGUUAAUUUCUAUGCUCCUUGGUGCUACUGGAGUAAACGUUUGCUAAAAGGUCUCAAGCUCUCCCAAGCUUCUCUCACUCAAGCUCUCCCAAGCUUCUCUCACUCAAGCUCUGUCAAGCUUCUCUCACUCAAGCUUCUCUCAUUCAUAUCUCAAAGGCUGAGGAGGGGGAGAUAUUGCUCCAUCUGAAGACACUCCUGGGCUUUACUGGACAUGGUCCAAUGACGUUUUUUCCAGUUCCGGGCAUGGACACAGUUUAGUUGGGACUGUUGUCGCAGAAACGAUACAUCUUUAUGCGCCGGAUGAGGUUUAUAAGACUGCGAGAUCCAUGAGUUCCUCCCCGGAAGAUAACCUGAAGUUCAAUCUGAGCUGGAGCUUCAACGUGGACUCCAAGUUUCGGUAUCUAGUCAGAUUCCACUUUUGUGAAAUUGCUCCUGGUAUCGAUAAGAGCAACCAGAGAGUCUUCUCCGUUUUCCUCAACAACAUGACGGCUGAGCCCAAGGCUGAUGUAGUUGGAUGGUCUGGUGGUAAUGGAAUGGCGUUGCACCGGGAUUUCAUUGUGGACGUCGCCAAUGAUAACAAUAUAUUUCUUAUUCUUCAUCCAAAUGAGGUUAGCCCCGUCUACUUUGACGACAUAAUCAAUGGUCUUGAAAUUUUCAAGAUAAAUAAUUCAGAUGGCAAUCUUGCCGGUCCGUAUCCUUUAGAGUCCACCGGUGACUCCACAACUACAUAAAGUCAGACGAGCCACACACCACCGUUUCAAGAAGGUGUUGAUUAUUGCAGGUUUGGUUUUAUUAUCUGUGGUAGUAUUAGGUGUCACAGUUGUUGUUGCUUUCAAAUGUCGACAUGAAUAUAGACAUGAAUAUAGCCGUACGUCAGCCUCCUCAGCCUGAGCCUUAAACAGCUUGUUGCCGUCACUUCUCUCUGGCUGAGGUCGAAGAAGCUACUGAGAACUUCGAUCCAUUUGAGGAGUUAUAUAUACUUGUGGAAUUAUAUAUAAUUAUCACAUUCAUUU